AUGCGCCAAGUGAAAUACUUGGGCCAAAUCCUCGAUGGUGAUGAUAUCCGACCAGACCCGGAGAAGGUGGCCUCCAUUGCCAAUGUGCAACCUCCACACGACGUUCCGACGCUCCGGUCUUAUCUGGGUGCCAUAAAUUAUUAUGGCAACCUUAAUCAAGCCGAAAGCAACUACAGUCAAGUCGAGAAGGAGGACUUGGUGCUGGUGUUCGGCGUUACGCGGUUUCAUCGGAUGCUGUUCGGUCGUCAUUUCAUCCUCGAGACCGACCACAAACCGCUCCUGCAGAUAUUCGGCUCGAAAAAGCGUAUUCCCAUCUACACCGCUCACAGGCUUCAGCGGUGGGCCCUUACUCUUUUUCUUUACGAUUUCGAGAUUCGGUACAUCUCUACAGAUAGCUGCGGUCACGCUGACGUACUUUCCAGGCUCAUCAACAGUCACGUGCGACCAGAAGUAGAGCACCUAAUCGCCAGUGUAGAGCUAGAAAAAAGCGUUCGCACCGUGGUCGACGAGUCAGUUCAAGCUUUCCCGCACUCCUUCAACGUAGUUCAAAGCGAGACCAAAAGCGACACCAGUUUGCAGCAAGUGAUUCGCUUUGUCAACAAAGGCUGGCCGACCAAGAAAACCAGUAUCACCGAUCCCGGAAUUCUACAAUUAUUCCAACGUUCCGGAAGUGCGUCCUCUAACAACUCCACAAAGGGCACCCCGGAGUUGAACGAAUGCGCUCUUUGGCUCGAAGACUACCAUGGAAUUCUGGCCAACACCGGAGAACAUCUGGAUUACGCCGGUCCGCUGGAUGGAAACUACUUUCUCAUUCUGGUGGUUUCAUACACAAAUUGGCCGGAAGUAGUACGGACCAAGGACAUCACCACCGCAGCCACCUUGCGAAUCCAUCGUGGAAUCUUCGCGAGAUACGGUCAACCGGAAACGCUCGUUACAAACAACGGGACGCAGCUCACCAGCGACCGGUUCGAAUCGUACUGCGACACAAACGGCAUUCUUCACCUCAAGACAGCACCAUUCCAUACGCAAUCCAUUGGAUUAGCAGAGAGGGGGGGAACCCUCGACGAAGCCAUCGACACCUUUCUGCUGUGCUACAGGACCACACCGUGUCGCAGCGCUCCUGGUGGGAAAUCUCCUGCCGAAAUUAUGUACAACCGGAAUAUCUGUACGUCCCUGGAACUACUUCGCCAGCUUACGCCGUGUCACAAAUUACCAAGUACCGACCUGGAAGAACAAUUCAAUCGCAAACACGGCGCGAAAGCUCGCAUCUACGAUCCUCUCCGACGACAGCGCCACAAGCCACCAGUAUGCAGCCACGAAGCUUCAGCACCUGACAACCAGAGGACCAUCUAUGGUAACCCGCGCUGCUUGGUAACCAUCCCGAUCGGUAGCGACGCCCGACGAGUUCACGAAGGCGAACGAUCGUGUCCGCCACAAUGGGAGAGCAACGACCUAUACUCGCGGUUCAAGGCCGGGCAAAGGCGGCUUCCUGGUGCUGGCUCACUUCGAUUAGUACUACGAAACUGUGAAGUACAAAGUGCACGACACAUCCAGCACACAUCCAGCAUCUAA